AUGUCUUUCUACCACGAUCCGAUGGAGUACCCUGCAUUCAUGCGGGGUGGUCCUCCCCUUGGACGCUCGAUGGGCCGCUUCGACGAGUACUACCGCUGCUACCCCGUGGUCAUGAUGAGUGGACCCGACCGGAAGAACGUCAACUACGGUGGAAAGGUGUUCAUGCCGCCGUCGGCGUUGGACAAGCUGACAAGACUUCACAUCACAUAUCCCAUGGUGUUCGAGCUGAUCAACGGAAAUGCGGGAAAGAGUACCCAUGCUGGUGUCCUUGAAUUCAUCGCUGAGGAAGGGAGGAUCUACUUGCCGCAAUGGUUGAUGAAGACUCUUGAGUUGGACCCCGGUGAUCUUCUUCAGAUCAAGUCCACCGACCUUCCCCCCGGCAAGUUCAUCAAGCUCCAACCUCAGUCACCGGCCUUCCUCGACAUCUCAGAUCCACGAGCCGUCCUCGAAAACGCGUUCCGCAAUUUCUCCUGUAUGACCAAGGGGGAUAUCUUUACGUUUGAGUACAAUGAUCAGACCUACGAUAUUGCCGUGUUGGAGAUCAAGCCAGACACAGACUCGCACGCCAUUGUGACCAUGGAGACUGAUCUGGAAGUCGACUUCGCCACCCCGGUUGGAUACGUUCCCCCGGAGCGUACGAGUGGGACAAGCACACCUCGAAGUGGCGUUGGAAGACCCGUUGGUGGACCGGUGCAUUUCCAGGGAACCAUGGCGCAGUCAAUCAACUAUGGAAGCAUCGCCCCGUCCUCCAACACUGCUGCCGCUGGUGCCCGCGCCGUCUCGUCGCAUUUUCUGUCCGAGGGCCACAAGCUCAGCUCGAAGAAGGGAUCGAAGGCUCCAACACCCAACGCAUCUACGCCUGUCGGAGGAGUGUCCACAAAUGCCGACAAACCUGCACCACCACGAAACACCAACGGACCCCAACCCUUGCGUUUGCCCCAUGGAAAGCUGUUCUUCGGCUACAAAGUCAUCCCAUUGCGCAAGCGGAACGAAAACGGCGAACCUGUUGGCGGCGAUGAAACGAAGCCUCACUUCAAGGGCCAGGGCCAGACGCUACGCCAGAAGAAACGCGCCGCUGGCGGGACGGACAGUGGGACCGCGAGUGGUAUGAACAGUGAUGCGGAAGGCAAAGCUAAGCCAAAAGACACUGGUCGGAAGUAG